AUGCGGUCCAGCGUCUCGUGCGCAUCAUGUCGCAAAGCCAAGAUAAAAUGUGUGCAUUCGGGGAUGGCGCCAUGCCAAAAGUGUCGAAAAUCUGGCAUUGCUGGCUGUAUCCUCACGAAGCCCCCUCAGCGACCCGCUCAAAGAGAGAGAUCAACGACAUUGAAUGUUCCGCCAACAGCGGAUGGUCACAAUAUAGCAAGACCCGGACGCCAGUCCCGUCCCGCUUCGACUUUUGUGGGUGGCCAGACUGAACAGCUACCCUCAAUCGUCAUGAUUGAUCAGCAUCUCGCGGGUUUAAACGCAGGAACAAUCCUCAAGGGACUGAAUGUUUUCACAAAUAAAUUUCCCGAGUUAGGAAUUCUCCACAUCCCAGCUUUUCAAAAAGACCUUCAGUCCAACCCUCAGUCUACAAGAACGCUUUUGGCGGCUAUACUGGCGGUUGUGAAAAUCCAACCAAUCCUAUCAAACCAGGCGUGGGCAACCCGUUUGCUAUCGAGUGAGGCUUAUGCGAAUUAUGCCAAAGCUAGGCUAUCUGAUGAAAUAUUACGGCCCCCUCGGAUCCACACCGUGCAAGCACUGCUCAUUAUGACCCUGUAUGAAUGGGGCUCUUGUGGAUUUCACCAGGCAUGGGUAUAUUGUGGGAUAGCAACGCGCGUGAUGCAAGCCAUCCACAGCCAGCGGGUGGCCCCAUACCCACUAGAUCCAACAGCCGAUGGAUCCAAAGAUGCUGUUUGUCUGGCUAUCGAAAACCGCGCUUUCUGGGCGUGUUUCAUCAUGGACCGAAUGAUCAGCUCUGGUACAUACAACCCGCCCAUGCUAACUAUGCCUGAGAUGGUCAAGCUCAAGGUCAUGCGGCCGCUCAGCACAGUCGAGUUUGCCUUCGGUACGGAUCCGAAUUCAAUUGACAACGGCUUCGAACAGAACACCUCUCAUUUUGAACAUCAGCUAGACCGGCCCUUAGAUGUUAUCACCCACGGUUUCGAGAUGCUGGUUUCAGGAUUUGAUAUUUGGGCACAAAUCAUGACAUUCAUCUUCAACGACGGCCGCCGAGCCCCUGGCAUGUGUGCAGCAGAGAACUGCCCAUGGGUCAGCGGAUCGCCUUGGUACCGCACACGGAGUCAACUCGAGGCAUGGCGAGCAGGACAGCACCGCCGACUUCAUUAUCCAAGCAACUCAGUGGCUAUUCAUAUGAGCCUUGGAUAUGGGGAAUCAUUCACCUACAUCAAUCUUCUAUAUUACGUCUCCACUCUAAUGCUGCAUCGUGAAUACUUCCCAUUUUUACCCACGGCGGUAUCUGGCCCAAGAGGGCCAGUGGACCACCCAACACUGGAGGCAGAAGCGCCCCUAGGUUGGUGGGAAGAAAGUGCACGGGAGAUGUUCGAAGCAGCAGAGCGCGUUGCUGACCUCCUUCAUGAGGCAGGAGAAUGCGGCAUUGGUAUCGCGACGCCCUUUGUGGGAUUUUGUGCCUUUUCGGCAGCUUACAUGAAUCUCUACGUCUUUCGAUUUCCUCAGAUGAACAUUGGUCGUAGCCGCCGAGCGGAUGAAUUGAUGAAAAUGUGUCUAGACUAUCUAGAAGGAUUUCGCGGAGUCUGGAAGAUUGGCGAUGGUUGGAUCAAAACCCUCAAAUAUGCCUCUCUUUUGUACCAAAGAGCCGCAGACGACCGUGGUCGCUAUCUUGGCAAAACCCGAGACGAUUUCGAUAUUCUGCAUCAGUCAAUCCACGAAUUCCGCGUGGUAGACCGAUCUGACCAGCAUAUCCAGGAAAUCGAAGGGGCCGAGGGGAGUGCCGAGGGAGGUAGAUCAACGGAGCCAUUAAAUAUUGACAGCGAAUUGCUGCACUUAGAUAUCCCACUAACAGACAUCCUGACGGAUUUGACCCAAAGUGGUUGCGAACAAGGCGCAUGGGCACAGUGGUGGCCUGCUUUGGGUGACUUUGGUCUCAUUUUAGACCAAGGAGCUGAAGCUGUGACAGAAACUGCUGACGCUACAACGAGGCCAGCAAGCAACUCUGGAGUCUCAAACGCGGGCCAUGAACUUCCGGGAGUACAUGCACCGGACAGCUAUAAUGAUUAG